CAUAUUAUGUUCUCCUCCCUCUCUCCCUCCUUGCCCUUGGUGUUGGUCUCUCCCUCCUUUGUCACAAGUUAUCAAAGAUUAAUCCAUAUUCCAACAGCUCUACAGCAUAGAACCAGGGGAAAACAAUUUGCCUCCUUCAUCGUCUCAAGAAACACGAUGACAUCAUCACCAUCAUCAACGGAGAUUAGUAAUCCUCCUGCGCCUCAACGGCGAUUAGCUCAGUACCAUCCUACCAUUUGGGACCACAAACUCAUCGACUCCUUCACCACUCACUACACCUAUGAAUUACAUGCCACACGAUUGGAGAGUCUAAAGCAGAACGUUGCUGAAACGUUGCUGGCUGCAUCCACCAGUAACAAAGGCGGCUCUGCCAGCACUUGUUCCUUUUUAAAGCUUAUCGACUCAAUGCAGCGGUUGGGAGUGGCCUACCAUUUUGAGCAAGAGACCGAUGCAGCUCUACUUAGUCUCGUUUCUUCGAGCACUCACGGUACCACAGAUGAUCUUCACACAGUUGCCUUGCAAUUCCGGAUACUAAGAGAACAUGGCAUCUCCAUUAGCCCAGAAGUGUUUAACAAGUUUAGAAGUAGAGACGGAAGCUUCAAAGACAGCUUAAGCAAGGACGUGGAGGGACUUUUGAGUUUGUACGAAGCCUCACACCUUGAGAUGCCUGGGGAAGAAGAAGAUCAUGUUUUGGAAGAAGCCAAGAGUUUUAGUACCAGAAACUUGAAACAAUUAAUAGGAACUUUGGAAGACGAUAAUUUAUUGAAGCAAAUAGUAGAGCAAUCACUAGAAACCCCCCUGCAUUGGAGGAUGCCAAGAAUAGAAGCCCGGAACUUCAUCGAUAUCUACGAAAGAGACAAUUCUAAGAGCCUGGCUUUGCUUGAAUUGGCCAAGUUGGAUUAUAAUCGUCCAAUCAGUAUAUCAAAUGGAGAUAAAGGAGCUAUCAAGGUGGUGGAGAGACUUGGAUUCAAAAACAAGGCAAGUUUCUCAAGGGAUAGAUUGAUGGAGAACUACUUGUGGGCAAUGGGGAUCAAUUAUGAGCCCCGAUUCUCAGAAUGCAGGAUUGGCCUCACCAAGUUUGUUUGCAUAUUAACAAUAAUUGAUGACAUGUAUGAUGUCUAUGGAUUUCUGGAUGAGCUUGAGCACUUUACACAUGCAGUAUGUCGAUGGAAUAUGGAAGCAAAGGAGGAGCUUCCGGAAUACAUGAAGCCAGUUUAUGCUGCCAUGCUCAAAUUUGGCAACGAAUUAGCUGAUAACGUUUUUAAAAAUAAUGGUUUGGACGUCCUCCCUUAUAUUAAGAAAGAGUGGGUAAAUCUUUGUAAAUCAUAUUUGGUCGAGGCACGGUGGUUUUACAGAGGAUACACACCAACUUUACAAGAGUACUUAGACAACGCAUGGACUUCAGUGGGUGGCCCUGGUGCUCUUCUCCAUGCUUAUUUGUUGCAAGGAUUAGGAAGCCACCUCACAAAAACUUCACUUGAGUCCUUUAAGCAUGGCUCUGAAAUUGUAUAUUGGUCAUCCUUCAUGACUCGACUUAGCGAUGAUUUGGGCACUUCCAAGGCUGAAAGUGAGAGAGGUGAUGUGGCUAAAGCCGUAGAGUGUUACAUGGAAGAAAAAGGCACAUCUGAGGAAGAAGCACAGCACUACAUAAACGAUUUGAUCUGCUAUUCAUGGAAGAAAAUGAAUGAGGAAAGUGCAAAAACUAGCAGGAUACCAAAAUCAAUUGUAAAAAUGUCACUCAAUAUGGCGCGGACUGCUCACUCUAUCUUUCAACAUGGCGAUGGUAUUGGAACUUCAAUUGGGGUCACCAAAGAUCGUUUAAUUUCUUUGAUUGCAAAUCCUAUUCCUAUAUAUCAUGAACACAAGGGGCCAAGAUCACUGGUUUUAUUGUAA